AUGCCUUUUAGUGUAUCUUCCUCUAUCAUUUCCUUACUUACCACUAUUCAAAUACUUUCGGCUGACCAAACGGGAUUGGAAGGCCAGAACUCUAGCAGUUCUAUAAGAGCGUGUGAAGAGAUCUACUCUAUCCUCCCAGAUCGCACAUUUCGUGGGAAAGACGCAAAAAAGAACCUCUGGUCCUUGUUCCAGUCUCAAGUUAUACCACGAUGCAGAGUGCAGCCUACAAGCACUCCAGAAAUCUCAGAUAUAAUCACAGUCUUGCGCAAAGAAAAUUGCAAGUUUGCCGUACUUGGCGGCGGUACAUCGCCGUUUCUAGAAGCGUCAAAUGUCCGGGAUGGUGUUACGGUUGACUUGGGCCGCAUGAACAAAGUCGAGUUCGUGCAAGGCGACACACCUACCCUCAAUGUGGGAGGAGGAGCCAUAUGGGCUGAUGUGUAUCGGGAAUUAGAUCCUCGUAAUCUGUCAGCUGUAGGAACUCGUAAUAGCCUAACUGGGGUUGUUGGCUCUAUUUUAGGCGGCGGAAUCUCGUUUUUCUCGCAUAGCCGUGGAUGGAUAUGUGAUAAUGUGCUGGAAUUCGAAGUUGUCCUUGCCAAUAGCUCUGCUAUCCGGGCUAGUCAGACUUCGAACACAGAUCUUUUCUGGGCCCUUAGAGGCGGUGGACCAAACUUUGGGAUCGUUACUAGUGUUACACUGGAGGUUUUUUCUCGAGGACUAUCUUCGCACAUCUUCCAGCGCUGGAACAUGGUUGACAUGCAAGUUGCGUUCCAAAGGCUUGACCGUUUCUCCCAUCAAAUGCCCCCAGGAAUACAAAUGAUUGCGACGAAUCUUGGAUGGUCGGCCGCGCGACGAGAGUUUGUCCUUUCGGAUCGGAUCGUGGCCCUAGCUGCAGACAUACCAGAGAUCUCUAGGCUCCCGUCAGAUGAGAACCCAACUCAGCAGAAAGUUAUCCGUCCUAUUAUAGAAUACGCGUAUAGACGAACAACCCUUCAGAUGGCAGAGGUUAUGGACGUGGUGAACGAAUUUGGCUUCUACAAUAUUUUCGGAUCUAUAACUGUCCAGGGUAACCCACAGGUUCAUAUGAAAACCGCCGAGAUUUUCCAGGAAGAAGCCAGUAAGAUUCGAGGCGUUAAGGGAAUCAAGGUUCUCCUAGUGUAUAACCCGCUUACAACUGCAACAAUCAAGAAGAUGCAAUAG